UUGAUUUUUUACUUAAUAUUAGAUAAGUAUUAAUUGGGCCUGAUAACCACCAUUUACAGUAAGUAACCAAGGAAAGUCUGCGAUUGUAUACUGUACAGGCAUAACCACUUCCUUGCAGAAAAGUCAACAGCUAUGAAGGCAAACCUCCGCUCAUUUGUGCAUCAACAUUUGCCCAUCACCGAGUGGUUACCGAAAUACUCAGUUAAAGAUGCUGUCAGUGACAUUGUCGGAGGCCUCACAGUGGGCAUCGUGAUGGUGCCUCAAGCUAUUGCUUUUGCAGACUUGGCUGGGCUGGGACCUCAGUAUGGACUCUACUCUGCCUGGGUCAAUGGUCUAAUACAUGCCGUAUUUGGUACCACCAAGGAGAUGUCUAUAGGACCCACUGCUGUACAUUCUCUACUUGUUUUCACUUACACUCACCAUCUCAACGCAGACAUGGCUGUCUUCCUGUGCUUUGCAUCUGGCUGUGUCCUUUUUUUAAUUGGCUUAUUUCAACUAAGUUUUCUGGUAGAGUUUGUUUCGAUACCAGUUAUUUCUGCGUUCACAACAGCCUCUGCGCUCUUGUUGAUCGCGACUCAGCUGAAGGGAUUGUUUGGGCUCAACUACGUCUCGGACACAUUCGUGGACUCUUUGUUGACUUUUGGUUCCCACAUCUCAGAGACCCGGUUGUGGGAUAUUGUGUUGGGAGCUACCAGUAUAGUCAUCCUACUGGCUCUUGAGACAUUGAAAUGUGUUGAUCUUUCAAGUGGCAGAGAGAACAAAUCUUUUAAAAAUAGAUUUAUCAAUGGAACAAUAUGGAUUAUCAUGAUUGGUCGCAGUGGGAUGGUCAUGUUUGUAGCGUUUAUCAUGGCAAUUGUAUUGCACAACAAUGGAGAAACUCCUUUUCUCUUCAUGGACAGGAUAGGGUCUGGUUUGCCAACGCUAAGAUGGCCACCCACGUCCACUGUGGUAAACGGGCGUCAGUUAGACCUUCUAGACAUGAUUAGAGAGCUGUGGUCUGGAGUAGCAGUUAUAACCAUCUUGACCACUGUCAGCAGUGUGGCAGUGGCCAAGACCUUCUCCAAAGGGAGGGGGGUCGACAGCAAUCAGGAGACCAUAGCUGUAGGUCUGUGCAAUAUCUUGGGCAGCUUCGCCCAGUCCAUGCCCGUAGCCGCCUCCGUCUCUAGGACCGGAGUGGCCAAGACCAGCGGCAUCAGCUCACCUCUAGCCGGCCUUCAUACCAGUUUGGUGGUGAUUUUUUCCAUAAGUUUUCUGGCCUCGUACUUCUAUUACAUCCCACGGAGCUCCAUCUCAGCAGUGCUCAUUGUCUCAAGUAUCUACAUGAUUGACACUCGGAUCAUCAGGAAAAUGUGGUUACUAAACAAAAAAGAUCUCUUACCAUACACAGUCACAGUUGUGGUUGGUCUGACCUUUGGUGUAGAGAAAGGAAUAAUUUUUGGCAUACUGUUGGACAAUUUGAUAUUGCUGUACUUCACUGCAAGGCCUGAAGUCCAUUUACAUGCUGUUGGGAGCGGGACCGUGCACUGGGUGUUACAACCUCGUGGACCUCUUAUGUACCCUGCAGCGAAUCAUGUGUGGGAUACUGUGGCCAGAUUGUCUACAGUAGACAAGGAUCGACGUGCAGUAGUGUUGGACUGUGACUACAUCUGUCACACAGACUACACCGCAGCGCAGGGUCUGAAUAACACGAUAAAAAAUGCCAAGGCUCAAGGUUUGAUGGUUGUCUUACUGAAUGCAGACGACAGAACCAUCAAGUCUCUGUGCAUAGAUGAUAAACAAGUCAGGGUGGCCACCUCCCGUCAACAUCUCUCUCAGAUACUUGCAGAAGUACCAACUUUAAGCAAAUAAUGUUUUUAUUCACAUUGUUGAAUGUUUAAGAAUGAAGAUUUUGAUAUUUAAAAUCAUGAAAUAACGUUU